AUGGCCCACAAGGUUGAUGAUAUGACACAGGAUUCAUGGGACACUCGGGUGGACAUUGCAAGAGAGGCAGAUGUGAACCAGAACAAUGGGACCUCCACGAAGAGCCCAGCGGUGACAGACUCCAAAGGCACAGCGGACCCGAAGAAUGCCUGGCCCCAGUCCCACCCAGCUGACACGGCCGGUCGCCCCCACUUGAUCCGCCUCUUUUCCCGAGAUGCCCCAGGGAGAGAAGACAACACCUUCAAAGAUCGGCCCUCAGAGUCAGACGAGCUACAGACCAUCCAAGAGGACAGUGCAGCAGCUUCAGAGAAUUCGGAUUUGAUGGCUUCACAAAAACGCUCCUCUUUCCGGCACGGAUCAAAAAUGGCAUCUGCAAGCACUACAGACCAUGCUCGACAUGGAUCUCCAAGGCACAGAGACUCGGGUCUACUUGACUCGCUGGGCAGAUUCUUUGGAGGUGACAGACACGUUCCCCGGCGGGGCUUCGGCAAGGUGAGCUCUGAGGAAUAAAGAACUGCACAGCCACAGAAAAAAAAAAGUACAAUUAAAGAGGAAGGGUGGGACUGAAAAGAAGGUGUAACAACGAUAAUGCAAGAGUUGACUUAGCCAGCAAGACAGUACUUGCAGUUGUGUAACUUAAUGCUUGGCUUUGAUCUGAAAAUAACAAAAAAACCCAUAGAUCUGAGAAACACAAGGAGCUAUUUCUGGGUUGUGACAAGGAGUAUUAGAAAUCCAGUUGGCUUUAGAAACAUUAUCAAGCGGAAUUUCUAUGAGCAUUCUAUACGGUGCAUUAUGUGCAUUUGUAUGCUGUGCUGUUUAGAGAGAGACAUGAGCCUGCUUUUGUGUUGUUUUUAAAUAUUUGCAAAACUGAGCUGGAUGAAAGCACUAAAUGCAAGAUGAUGGCUAGAUAGUUGGGCAGUAACUGUGGGACAGACUUGGAAUAUAUGAUGGAAAAAGAACGGUGGUCAGAUUCUCAGCCUGCUUGCAUAAGAGCGUAUUUUAAGGUCAGUUGAUAGCAUUGCUGAGGGGACAUGCUGAGUUGUGCAAAAAAAGUCCAGCUAAGACUUAUAUGUUGAGCAUUUAAUAUCUUAAUAUCAGAAAUUGUGUAACAAAAUCAUUUAUGCAUUCUGACUUGAAAAUCAAGGUAUAGAUGAAAGGAUACUGUACUGUUUCCUCACCUAGAAUUCAUUGGCAUUCUUUGAUAAGUAUGAUAGAUACUGUAUGUUGUUCACUGUUCCUGGAGAGCCAAAACUCAUUUUAUCAAUUACAUAGCAAAGGGUACAAUGAAAAUAAGCGCUCUUGUGUUUGUGUAUUUACACACUACAAAACCAUUUGAACUGUUCCUAAAACCCUCAUUUUAGCUAAAUGUAUUGUUUGAUACUGUUGAUCAAAUUGUAUAUGUUACAAACAGCAAUGCUCCUACUUGCCAGCUAGCCACAAAUUUUUCAGUAACCUUAGAGAACCUGUGCUAUCUGCUCCCCUGUGGUGCUUGCUGGGACGGGUCACUACAUGCAGCUUUCCCAGACAAGUUGUAUCAUGACGGCAUUACAUUAGGGCAUGGUGUUUUAAUGGGGAUCUGUGAUCUUGUGACACCUGCAGGCUGUCAGUGCACUGCUCAGCUAUGGAUUUGAAAGCACAGCUUGUACUUGUGCUUCCCUAAAGAGCUGGUGUACUGUGUAGACCACUGGAUGAAAAAUGCUCUACAACCUCAGGAUCACAGCUACAGCAGCUUCCCAACUUGGGCACUAGGACUAAGCAAGCUGGGUAUUCUGGUCUUCUUGUUUCUCAUAGUUACAAACUGGGGUCAAUCAUGCUUGUGACAAUAAUGCUUACGACAAAGAUUCAUCUACUAAAGAUGGAGAUGUUCAUAUGACUGUCACUAGAACAUUCAACAAGCGGUUGCUGUGAUUAAUUCUCAAUUUUCUAAACUGCAAAUAUCACAAAUUGUUCCCAACAAUGCUAUGUUCUGCAACCUCACUGGCUAGCUCAACUCUUGCUCUUUUAUCCAUAUACAGCAUUAUUCAAUGACAAAUCAUAUAUGAAAUGCUCUUAAUGCCAAGAAAACAUUACCAAAAACUGAGGCUAGACAGAGGUGUGUAUACGCCCUUGCUUAGCAAUAAAACAAACCAACCACCCCACUUUUUAGUAGCGAUGACUAAACCAUGGCUGCAAGUCGUACAGAGUUGUGUAUUGUAUCCUUUCGUGUAAACAUGAUUGCUAUGCUUCUCUACAGAUCCCUACAUAAUCCAUCAUGUGAGAGGACAGGGUGCCAUCUGUCUUAGCUCUGUUGCCGUAGUUAAGUUAAUUUGAGGCACUUAAUGUCUGCACAACCAGUCCAGAAUUAUGGAUGGUUAACACUUCUUUGCUUGGUAGAAGUAAUUUCUUUAAAAAAGAAAAGACUACAUUUAAUAUUGGAGUCCUGGCUUACAUAUUUCAGCUGGAAGCACAGAGGGGCUUUGUCAUAUUGGCAAAAGCCAGUCACAUCAGCACUGACUUCAGUGCCAAAGCAUCUCUGUCCCCAUUUAUCACAAUGAUAAUAUUGAUGCAUGAAAACAUAUCUUGGGAAUCCAUUCCAUAGGAGAGUUUCAGUGCUGAAGAUGUUGAACAAGUGCCACAAACAGUUUUUGUGUAUGGUUGUUUUUUUUUUAACUAUUAUUUAUUUAGGCUUUGAAUCAAUGCCUUUUGGUUUCUUGUAUCAAGGAAGGCUUGUGGUGUCAUUUAUUUAUAUGUAUGUAUACAGAGGACAUCGAGAUGGCUAAAUAAUCUUAUUUGUGCUUAAAACCUAAGUAGCUGCAAUUUGCUGAAUUUUGUAGAGUGUCAGAGUAGUGAUACACACCAGAGGUGUUUCAAGGAAGAGCUGAACAAGAAUGAUGUCUUCUGGCAGUUUUCCAAACUCUGCUAAGGAAACAGGGCUUUGCUAAAUAAGAUACUACCCCAAAAAAGCACCUUAAAAUAGAGAAGUUCCUGGCACUAUACUGUUUAUUUGCUUGCAGUCAAGUUUUGAAGCUUUUUAAAAACAGUUCUGCAUCUGCCUUCCUUGUGCCUAUCCUUUCUCAAGCGAGCUGUGCCCAGUGGGAGCACGCAUCUCAACUGCCCACACCAGCAAGCACUGGAAUGCAAAGACAAUACUCGCUCUUUGUACAAAUUUAGGGCUGACAUUCAAGCAAAACACAGUAUAAAUUCUUUGUGGAGGCAUUUUCAUCUUUCAGCCAUAGCUGGAAAGCACAUAAAUGAAUAAUAUUCACUAUUGUGUAAGGAAAGGUGGGGUAAGAACAAAGAAGCAACUGUUGUGUGGCCUCCUUUUCUCCCUUGGAGCAGAUUUCUCCCUUAUCAUGGAAUUCUGAAGUUAAAUUAAGAGCCUGUAGGCGUCCCAGGGGAGUAAAUAAAAACAGAAGUACUGGAAUGUACAGAAAUACUUUCUCCUCUACAGGGCAGCAGUGCAUUUGCCAUUGUUUUCUCCACCCCAGCCCCACUGAGAUUUUUAUAAGAAUCCUCAAUCAAAAGUAAAGCUUGAAUUUUGAACUUACAGAACUUGAUUAAAGUAGAAUAUUCCAAGCACAGCUGCUGUUACCCACAGCAUAAUUUUAGUCGUAUUACAGAAGAUGUUAAAAAGGUGACAGAACGAACCUGCAGCGCAGACAUUUCCAGAAGCACACAACACAGCAGUGUAACUAUAAAUUAUGUUCAUUUUAAUCUUUAUGGAAUAUUUAUCUAAACAUCUGUGAAGUGUAUGGGCAACUUUAUGUUACAGUGAUCAAACCUCUCUCUGUCUCUUAGGUCUUAACGUGCUUCAGUAUAUGCUGAGUGCUCUUUUGUUUCUUUAUGGGAACACCUGUGACUAAAUCAGUUGGUUAUGCUUUUCUAAUUCUUUUCCUUAUGAUUCUUUUGUUGUUGUUCUGCUAGGGUUGGACUGUGAAACAAAAACUUCGGUCCCAAUUUAACAUUAUGUAUUAACAUACUAAACUUUAAACUACAUUUGUGACAAAACGCAAUGGAGCAAAAAAUGGCAAAUGGCAGUGAAUGAGAGGCUUGGUGAGAGAAAACGGAUUGAGUCAUCUUCUGUAUUUUGCUUCAGUUUUCUGUGUAACCUUGUGAAGUUCUCCUGUGGUCUGUAUGAAAUCUUGUAGCUGCAUUUCCUACUCGCUGUGUGUUUGGGUGCAAAGGGUAUGGAAGGUGGACACGGAUUUCCUACCCUAGGGCUAGGAGGUAGCUGAGUUCUGUGCUCCUCAGGAUGAGCAGAAGUGGGGAUGAUUGUAAUGAAGAGCUGAAGCGUUGCAGAUAAAGAUGCACAUGCGUAAGGUCUCAAAGAAUGACAACAGGCCUACAUGAUUGUCAGAGCACUCAUUGAUCUUUUCUCUUAGCACGUUGAACUCAAUCUAAUCUUUUGCGCAAGCUUUGAUGUAUCCUAUGGCACUGUGAGAAAAGUAGUUACAGCAGUGCUAGUUUGCCUGUGAAUACUGUGAUCUUUUACUUUCAAGUCUUGGUUUUCAGGGAGUGGCAUUGCUCACCAGAUUCUGGCUUUGUAAACCUGCCGUGCAAGCACCGUAUGUGUAAAUAUUAUGGAUAUAGCUUGUGGUGAUUGACUGUAACAAUUUGGUUUUAAUCUUUUGCUUUCUAUGUGCUUUGUUUAUAUACUCAUUAAACUGUUUACAUGACAAAA